AUGUCAUCUCCACAACAAAUUGCUGCUACUUUCCAACAAGCAUUGAAUCUCUCAAGUUCUCCAAAUGCUGUUUCCACUUCUCCAAAUUUUUCAUAUUUAAGUCAAUAUGUUCCAGCCAAGCCAACCAAGGCAUUAAAACCAUUUUCAACUGGUGAUAUCAAGAUUUUAUUAUUAGAAAACGUUAAUGUUACUGCUAUAAAUAUCUUUCAAAACCAAGGUUAUCAAGUUGAAUAUUAUAAAUCUUCAUUACCAGAAGAUGAAUUAAUUGAAAAAAUUAAGGAUGUUCAUGCAAUUGGUAUUAGAUCAAAGACUAAAUUAACUGAAAAGGUAUUAAAGCAUGCCAGAAACUUGGUUGUUAUUGGUUGUUUCUGUAUUGGUACUAAUCAAGUUGAUUUAGAUUUUGCUGCUAAAUCAGGUGUUGCUGUUUUCAACUCUCCAUUUUCAAAUUCUAGAUCAGUUGCUGAAUUAGUCAUUGCUGAAAUUAUUACUUUAGCUAGACAAUUGGGUGAUCGUUCAAUUGAAUUACACACUGGUACUUGGAAUAAAGUCAGUGCUAAAUGUUGGGAAAUUAGAGGUAAAACUUUGGGUAUUGUUGGUUAUGGUCAUAUUGGGUCACAAUUAUCCGUGUUGGCUGAAGCCAUGGGUAUGAAUGUUAUCUAUCACGAUAUCAUGACUAUUAUGUCUUUAGGUAACUCUAAACAAGUCCCUACUUUAGAUGAAUUAUUAUCCAAAGCUGAUUUUGUUUCUUUACAUGUUCCUGCCACCCCAGAAACUAAGAAUUUAUUAAGUUCUCCACAAUUCGCAGCCAUGAAGGAUGGUGCAUAUGUAAUCAAUGCUUCUAGAGGUACUGUUGUCGAUAUUGCAGCAUUAGUUCAAGCCAUGAAGGCCGGUAAGAUUGCUGGUGCCGCUUUGGAUGUUUUCCCACAUGAACCAGCCAAGAAUGGAGAAGAUUUAUUCAAUGAUAGUUUAAACCCAUGGGCUUCUGAAUUAUGCUCAUUAAGAAAUGUGAUCUUAUCUCCACAUAUUGGUGGUUCUACUGAAGAAGCUCAAUCAGCAAUUGGUAUUGAAGUUGCCACUGCUUUAACCAAAUAUAUUAAUGAAGGUAAUUCUCAAGGUGCAGUUAAUUUCCCAGAAGUUUCAUUGAGAGGAUUAGAUUUAGAUCAAGAAAACACUGUCAGAGUCUUAUAUAUCCAUCAUAAUGUUCCAGGUGUUUUGAAGACUGUUAAUAACAUUCUUUCUAAUCAUAAUAUUGAAAAACAAUUUACUGAUUCCCAAGGUGAUGUUGCUUACUUAAUGGCUGACAUUUCAGAUGUUGAUCUUAGCGACAUUAAGAGUUUGUAUGAACAAUUGGAACAAACUCCAUAUAAGAUUGCCACUCGUUUAUUAUAUUAG